AAGCUGCCACGGAAAAGGCAGCCGCUGCUCUUGUAGCGCUCGCACCUUGGACGGACACAGCCACACCUGAGCACUGCGAAAAGUAUGUCCGUCCAAGAAGUUGCAGGAGCGCUCGAACUUGCGUUUAACGGUCUUGGUGAGUACUAUGGUGCUAUUGCCAAAGACCCGAAAACAUCAGAGAAAGAAAAAGAUGCAUGCUUGGCUUUUGUGGAAGCAGAAGGAAAACUGGACAAGGAGGAUGUAGAUGGGUGCCUGUCUCUGUCCAAGACUGCGGUUCAGAAGUUUGAGGCAAUCAAGCAUGCGACUGGCGUUGCAGAUACGCUCAGAAUGAUGGUUUUAGCCUACCGGAUCCAAGCUGACGUACUGCGAAGUGCAGAAGAGGACAAGUCCAAAGAAAUCAAGGCCGCUUUGAGCACGGCAGAGGGCCUUGCCCGAGAGCACAUUGCCAAGUUCAACGGAUCUGGGGACAAGCGCAGUGAGGCAGUUCUCCUCCUUGCAGCAGGGGAGAUCAACUACAACAAACGAGGUGGAAAGAAAAGAGCAGAGGCAUUUGAAGACUUGAAGAAAGCGCGGUCUCUAGCAAAAGAAGCUGGCGACAAGAAGGUAGAAGCUACUGCCAUUUUCGUUCAAGCUAACGCAGCCAUCAAGCUCCGGCAGAAUGAUGACUCCUAUGCUUUUGCACAGGAGUCAUACAAGCUGUACGAGGAAGCAGCUGACAAGAAGGGUCAGGGAAAGGCACUCCACAUUAUGGCCUUGGCCCAGGUUUUGGCUGAAGAUUUUGACGACGGAAUCAAGACGGCAGAGCAAGCCCUAGCCAUUUUCAAAGAGCUGGAGCUUCGAAAGCUGGAAGCCUUUGAACUUUUCAUCAUUGCGCACUAUUACCUCACACGAAAGAUGGGCCGUGAAGCCAUUCCAUAUGCAGAGGAUGCCUUAGAGCUCUUCAAGGAAGUGGACUUUGAUGGCUCCGGUUGGACCUCCAACGCAUUUGAUUGCCUUACGCAAGCGUUCAUUUGCAAGGGUGAUGCAAAGAAAGCAAUGAUCAUUUCCGAGGAAGCUGUGGAGUACUUUCAACGCAAAAAAGACAAGCGAGGACAAGUCAUGGCUUUAAGCACUUUGGCAAACUCCUACUGUGCAAAGGGCGACUAUGAAGCAGCGGUCCCCUUGAUUGAGGAGACACGUGAGAUCAUUCAGAGCUUGGAUGACAGUAGGUGGGAAGCCAGCAUCCUGCACCAGCUGGCAUCGGUUCACAUGCUGCGUGAAUCAUACGCCGAAGCUGCUUUUGCAGCAGAGGAAGCCAUCUCAAUUUACCAGGAUCUCAAAGAUAGGCAUAGUGAGGCCUUGGCUAUGAACUACAUCACCCAGGUUGCUAUUGCCAAGAAUGACUACGAAAAGGCCAUACAGACAGCUCAAGAGCAAGCCGCGAUCUUCAAUGAGACUGGCGAUAAGAGCAAGGAAGCCUCAUGCCUCUUGACUGUUGCCACAGUCCACGGCACAGAGGGUAGGCUGGAUGAUGCCCUGCGAGUGGCCAAGGAAGCACAGGAGCUCUUCCAGGAAAAGAAGGACAGGUCAGGUGAGGCGAGAGCGCUGAAUGUUCUGGCAGACAUUUACUGCGACUUGCGGGAGGUGGAGCAGGCUGUGGCCUUGGCCAAGGAGAUGCGCGACAAGCUGCACGAGACAGGCGAUAUGCGGGCCGAGGUUGGUGCCAUCCGGACGCUCUCGAACAUUUAUCUGGCUUCUGAGAUGCCUGGUGAAUCUGUGAGAGCCGCCAACGAAGCAGUCCAGCUAAGCAAACGAGUCCACGACCGAAGGCAGCUGGCUGAGAAUCUGAUCUUGUCUUCAGAGGCAAACAUUGCCCUCGCCAUGCAGGACAACCCCAAGGGCUUGGCCAAGGGCUCCGAGAGAUCCCUGAAGCCUGCGAAGGAAGCCUUCAAGGUGGCCAAAUCCAUCGGUGCAGGAAAGCUAAUGGGAAUGGCAAUGCAUCAAACGGCUUACGUGUUGCUCGUCACGGUGAAGCCUGAUGAUGCUCUGAAGGCUGCCCGCGAAGCGGUGGACAUCUUCCGCCAAGUGGACGAGCGAGCCAGAGAAGCUGGCUCCGUCAUCCUGAUAGCUGAGAUCUACCACAGCAAAAAUGAAGAUGAAAAGGCGUUGGAUGCUGCGAACGAAGGGCUGAUGCUGGCAAAGGCCUGCGGAGACCCCAAGAAAGAGAAGGAUGCCAACAAGCUGGUUGAACAGAUCGCAGGGAAGAAGUUCGCCUACUACCAGCCUUACCCUGGUGAUAUGCCUGCAAUGCCACAGCAAGCAGAGGGCGGAGGUGGUGGUGGAGCUGCUGCUGCAUCAUCUGUAGCAGAAGUAAAGCAGGUGGGCUUGGACCCCGGCAUGGUCCAGGCCACCGUGUCAGAGAUGGCGAAACAGGCCAUUGGUGUAGAUGAUGAGCUUUUCCUGGACAGCGCUCUGAUGGACAGUGGAAUGGACAGUCUGACAGCUGUGUCUUUCCGAAAUGGCCUUCAGCAGCAGCUGGGCGUAAAGCUUCCAUCGUCCUUGAUGUUCGAUUACCCCACCAUGAAGGAGGUGGCCAAUCGCAUCAUGGAGCUGAGCAUCGAGAACGCGUGAGACGAGAGUUGUAGGGAGCUGCGCUGACACGCUUCCCCGACUCAGAGGUGUUGAGCAUCACUAAGCCACACAGCCCAAAUACCAUAGUCUCCCAUAUCAAAACGGGUUAAGCCGGUUGAG